AUGAACGCAGUAACUUCUUUUGUGCUGUUUGUGACAGCUUUGUCGGCUCUGGACGUGGUCCUUAGUAAGCCCAUGGGUAACGUCAUCGACUUGGACAAGUAUUUCGAGGAGGCAGACACCAAUUCCCAGGAGCGUGUGGUCGGCGGCUACGAUGUGCCCCUGGAUGAGUAUGUGCCCUACCAGGUGUCCAUGCAGUUCCUCACUCGCAGUGGCAAACAACGUCAUUUUUGUGGUGGAUCCCUGAUUGCCCCAAAUCGCGUCCUCACCGCCGCCCACUGCGUCAACGGCCAGAAUGCCAGUCGAAUUAGCGUUGUGGCCGGAAUCAGGGAUCUGGAGGACACCUCCGGCUUCCGAUCGCAAGUACAGUCCUACGAAAUGAACGAGAACUACCAGGAACUAGUGACCAGCGAUAUUGCCAUCCUCAAAAUCGAGCCACCGUUCGAACUGGAUGAGAAGCGAGUAUCCACCGUCGAUGUCAGUGGUUCGGAUCUGGUGGGACCUGACCAGGAGGUUCUCCUCACGGGAUGGGGCUCCGUCUUCCACUUCGGCACUGGUCCCUUCGCCAAAUACCCCACUGUGCUGCAGAAGCUCAACUACAAGACCCUGAGCAAUUCCAGGUGCAAGGAGACCAUGACCCAACUGACGGACACCGAGAUCUGCGCCUUGGAGAGAUUCGGCAAGGGAGCUUGUAAUGGCGAUUCUGGAGGUCCUUUGGUGAUGAAGAGCGGAGAGACCUAUAAGCAGGUGGGCGUCGUCUCCUAUGGCACCGCUUUUUGUGCCUCCAACAGCCCCGAUGUCUACACCCGAGUUUCAAUGUUCGAUGGUUGGAUAAAGGAAAGAAUGGCUUAGAUCAGUAAUACAAAUUGAAGUGUAAUUUCCCAUUUAAUAAAAAUAUUUAAGCCA